AUAUAAAUGGUUUACAGACAUGCUUUUGCUCAUUAUCAUGUAAACACUAGUCCUCUCGAUAUAUCAGAAGGAAAGGAAGUCACGUAUAUAAUUGAACAAAAUGGCGCCGCUUAUUCGUGCACUUUUGGUUGUUCUGAUCGUUAAGUUACAAACUGAACUGCAAGUUGAAUCUGCCACCAAUCAAAAAACGAUUUCUUCUGAUUUGAAGGUAGACAUGUUGAAGACUGUACUAACAAACUAUCUAACCAUGGUUAACGUUGAACUAAGAAAGACGAACGACCACGUGAGAGAACUCGAAUUUUCUGUGAACGAUAACCAAGAAACGGUUUCUACAGAUUUAGACGAUACAAAACGUCAGAUGGGAGUGAUGGAGCGUAAGGUGGAUGAUCUCCAGGAGUCUGUAUCUGCGUUAACGAAACUUCUAAAUGGAUAUUUACUGUUCCAGUGGGUAGGCCUACCUAAAGAUUGCUCUGAUAUUCUUGCCAUGGGCGUAACGGUGAGUGGCGUGUACACAGUCAAGCCAAUGGACUCUGGUAAACCAUUCAGAGUGUUCUGUGACAUGGAGACGGACGGCGGAGGCUGGACGGUUUUCCAGCGGCGCCAGGACGGCAGUGUUGAUUUCUAUUUGGACUUUGCCAGCUACAGCCGGGGCUUUGGGAAUCUAGAGGGAGAGUUUUGGCUCGGUAACGACUACUUGCACCGUCUGACUGCUCAGGGCGAGUACGAACUCCGCGUAGAUCUCUCAGAUUUCAGUAAAGAAUCCACGUAUGCUGCCUAUGACUCGUUCAGCAUCGCUGAUAUGAGUGAAAACUACAGGUUGGCGUUGGGGGUUCACACGGGAACUGCAAGAGACUCGUUGGCAAUCCACAAUAACCAAGACUUUACGACCAAAGACCGAGACAACGAUGCCUUCAGGAGCACUAACUGCGCCGUGCAAUACCACGGAGCCUGGUGGUACAAGAGCUGCUUCGAGUCCAAUUUGAACGGGAGAUACGUCGAUGAGGCUGCUUAUGGUCAAGGAAUAAUAUGGUCUGGUUUUUCAGGUAACCACUCACUCAAAAAUACCGAGAUGAAAAUUAGAAGCAAAGAUUAGUCCUGAAAAAGGGUCUGUGUGUAUACGUUUGGUAAUGACUCUUGAAAUAAUGGCACUACAAAUUUAUGUGGAAAGAAGUGCAGCAGUAUAAUUGCAUUGUGAGAAUUUUAAAUUCACUUCGCAGUACUACAGUUAUGUAUACUUUGUAUCCCCCAAAUUUUAGACCUGUGGACAAGUCGUUUAUGGUCCCACGCGGUGAGAUAGUCGAGUUGCAGCGUAGCGACUACUGCGCGCUGCCCGACUUCUACAGAAGUCGACAACCGGAAGCUCGCGCGAGAGCAGUGAAAACUCGACAAUCUCACCGCGUGGGACCAUUAACGACUUGUCCACCUACCAAACUUGGAGUGUUUAAAGUGUUACUGCGGUAUAGGUUCCUUUAAUGGAUCAUUCGUCCUGCUGGGACACAUCAUCCCGAGUUUCGGCGAAAUCUGAAAGACGCUACCAAAAUGUCAUAGGGUUAAUUUUAUUGUAUAUUAUGCGUAACACAUUUUGAGAAAAGUUUUAACUUAGAAAUACUACGGUCAUCGCACAAGGUUUUACUUGUUAUCACAAACAAUUUGAAUAUAAGAAGCAUUA